UCUAGUUAUCCGGAAUAAAUAUGUUGAAGUCGAUCACAUACUGCUUAGUCUUGUUCCUUACGUGGUAUUCUUACGAAUCCUUGGCCAAGGACACUUCUGUGUGCCUUUUGCACGACCAGCCAAACCAAUGUGGAGCAUUCUGCCUGCAGGCGCUAAGGCCGUUGAUCGAUCAUACAACUUUUAAUAAGCAGAAGCUGGAAAAUCUGGAGACAAAAUUGGAGGCGAUAAUCGAACGGCAACUGUCAGCGAUACAGAAAUUACAAUGCAAACGGGACAAAAAAUCCUUAAAUCUGGAUUUUUACGAUCGAAUUGGCUCGAAAUGGAUAUACGUCGAACGCGAAAAUCCUCGAAAUUGGGAGCAAGCUGAAGCGUUCUGCAGGGAGAUAGAAGGUCACCUGCUCACAAUCCAGAACGACAUCGGGCUAAGAGUUCUGGAUAAAAAGCUGGACAGAGACACUUCUUACUGGCUGGGGAUCAAUGACAUGGCCAAGAAGGACGAGUUUGUGUCCGUGGCUUCCGGCAAGCCAGCUCCCUUUCUCAAGUGGGAAGACACCGAACCCGAUAACUGGAACGGAAAAGAGAACUGCGUGGAUAUCUACAACGGCGAAAUGUACGACACCGAAUGUAGCUUUGUUCAUCUUUUCAUUUGCGAGGCGACUUUUGAUUAGAAAAAGUUUUGUGUAUAAUAAUAAAAAGAUUAUCCAAGAAAAAACACUAGAAGCUUAUUAAGAAUUUAUACGAAAUAAUAAAAUCUCUUAAAUUAAAAAAAAAA